AUGAGUAAGCUUCGUUUUUCGGUGUGCUUUUGCUCGGGAGAAGAACCAGAGUAUCCGGCCGAAGAGCUGAAUGCACACAGUCCCCACACAAGAGGAUGGCAGAGUCCACAGUUUUGCGACUAUCCACAGGAGUUAGGACUGGCUUGGGAAGCACCAGCGCGGGUAUCCCAGGUGCAAAUCCUGUCGCAUCAGAGUAAAAUCGCCACCCAGAUCGAGCUCUUCGUAGGGCACGGGGAUUCGUACGAGUCGGCGCACUUCAGGCGGCUUGGGUAUCUCAGUCUCAAUAGCAACGAGCGGUCCAAGUACCAAGCACGGGAGCUCAAGAGCGUUUACGUCAAUGCUCCGGGACAGUACUUGCGAAUGCUAGUGCAUAAGUGCUACAUCAACGAGGUCAACCUUUUCAACCAGGUUGGAAUCGUCGCUGUUAACCUCCUUGGAGAGAAGCUCGGGAAACUAGCACCAGGGGCCUUGGAUGACCCCGCUGCACCAUACGGUGCAGGCCCCCGCACACUUCGGGCAUACCCUCCAGGGCUUAGCGGGAGGGAGAUUGGGGCGGCGAGGGCCAGCCACACGGAGUUGAACGAUCUGAGCUUCGACAUGAACUUUGACCCGGAAGCAGCUCAGCGGAUACGAGACAUCGCCAACGCGAAGGACAGGGCCGCACGUGCAGAGGACUAUGAUACUGCCAAACUCCUCAAGGAGGCCGAGACUCAACUGAAGUCCCUCGGUAAACAACUGGCGAAACUAGAGGUUGCGAAAAGGCAGGCCGUGGAAGAUGAGGAUUACGACAGGGCCAAGAUGUUGAAGGUGGAAGCGGAUUCCCUCCGGUUGCAGAUCGCCGCGCACCCCAACCCGGAGCUCCGCAUCAAGUUGGAAGAAGCAGGCGUCCAGGACGUGGAGGGCGAAGACAGGACUGCACCAGGUUACAACGCAGGCCCUGGCAGGGAAGAAGGAGACUCUGCGGCUAGCCCGAACCAGCUUCCGGUGGACGAGCGACCUAUCGUUGCCCGCGAGCAUGGCCAAGGACGUGCCGGUGCUAGCCCGGACGAGCGAUAUAGUGGUGGUAGUGGGUACGGCGGCACGGAUGCCGUGCAGGGCUCACCACCGAAGGCACCGCCGCGGAUUCUCCACUCGGGUGAAGGGCGCAGGGCGCACGGAUCACCGCACCCAGAGAACGAGGGCUGGGAGGUCAGAGAUGGUGAAGAUGCACAGGAAGGGAGGUACCCUCCUGGAGAACACCCCUUGGAGGGGGUACCUGAUCUUGAGGAUCUGACGGAACCGGAGCCCUUGAGCGCUAAGGUUGAUCUCUCGGAAGUCCAAGGACUGAAUAACCUGUUAGGAGACUAUCUGACGCGAUGUCUGUACAGCAAGACGUGGUCUCUUCGGGAGGCUGCAGUGUUGAAGAUAAAGCUUAUCCUGCCUGCUCUGGAAGAAGACCCGGGUAUCAACUCCGCUCUGACUGAGCUAUGUCAGAUCCUUCGUGUGGGGUUUGAGGACAAAAUUGCGCAGGUAUUCCUCACUACUCUGGACCUUCUGGAGGCAGUCCUGAUGUCUGUAGGGGCCUGCAAGGAAGCGCGGCACAACCAUGUCGUGGCCGCGCUGGAACCAACCGUCGCUACGCUCCUUAAGAAGCAAGGGGAUGGGCAAGCCCGCCUUCGAGACGGGGCAAUGAAUGGCCUCGUAGCUGUGGCACGCUGCCGCACGGCUGGACCGGUGUUCGUGAGCCAUGUAGCCCUCAAGCCGCUGGUGAAGAAACAAUUGUCGGCGUGGAGACCAAUCACGGCUAGACUUGUUCUAUUGAGGAAGCUGGUCAGCGAGUUUGGUCUCGAAGGCGGCGGCUUGACGGCUGACGGUAUCAUGAGCUUCAUUCAGUCUUGCAACGGGUUCGCGCACAGCAACGGCGACGUACGAGACGCAGCGAGAGAAUUGACGGUGGCGCUACACGGCCUCGUUGGAGAAGAAAUUGAACCGUACCUCAUGGGGCUCAGACCGAAGCAGCUGGAUGAGUAUCACGAAGCGUUUCGGCAUUCGAAGGGCAAGACAAGCCGCCGAGCUUCCAGCGCAACUCGGACUCGGACCACUCCUCGUCGAGGCGAACCCGAACGUUCCCCGCUCGAGACGGCCACCCCAAGGACUGCCCGCAGCGCUGGCGGCAGCAAUAGAGAGAAGACGACAACCCGUCCUGACCAAAGCCGCAGCCCAUUGAGGACAGAAAAAGGUGGUGCGCAUGCAUCCCCGGCGAAGUCGCCUACUCAAGCUUUUUCGGCCGAGGAGGCCGAGGUUGGGCAGACAAAGGAAUCGGAGGAGAUGGAUGAUGACGUGUCGUGCACAUGUCAGUUCUGUGGAAAGUACGACCCUUCCUUCACCGACGAAAAGCUCGACAUGCACUAUUGGCAGAACUGCCCUCUUUUGAUGAGCUGCGAAGAGUGCGGCCAGGUGAUCGAGAUAUCUUCGAUACCAGAACACCUCCUGGAAGAGUGUCAGAAUCGUGAGAACUACACGGAGUGCGAAAUCAGCCAUCUCGCUAUCCGCAUCGAGGACCUUGACAGGUGGCAACGCUCGAAGUCGUGCAAGCCUCCCGGGAAGGGUGGACCAGGCAGCACUUGUCCGCUGUGCUUCGAAGAUGUUGGGAGUGCUGACGACGAGGAGUAUUGGCGUGCCCACCUUAUUGAUAGUUGCACCCGGAAUCCCCGACGAGUUUAGGCCGCAAAGCGUCGCCUUGGUUGUAAGAGCGAUUGGUAAAAUUCGUUUCCUAGAUUGCUGUGUGGGAAGGACCGGGACGACCGGACACAGCAGAUUUUGAUGGAAAUAUCUGUACAGGGCAAACUGCACUUUGUAUGCAGUCUUGUAGGGCGUAUGGAACAAGUGUUGUGAGGUUUUGAAAAGCGUUGAAGUGGUACGAUGUAUACGUAGAUUGAUUGUGUUCUCUAGUUGUGGCAAUGGACUUGAGUUGUGGCGUGGAACGUUUAUCACUCUGAUAUUUCUUUUUGCAGAACAAGUGGUGUUACGCGUCUGGGGUGGAAGAAAGGUGGAACUGGUGUGCAUAACGAUAUGUCUGUCUCUGAGAAUAGCUAUAACAUGUCGGUAGAAGCGGAAAU